AUUCAGCCUCAGGAAAGUUUCAAAAGCCAAUUGAUAACUCUCAGCGGAGUAAAGAAUCAGAAACCUUAUUCUGUGGAGAAUGGCAUAAAAGUGUUGGUCAUUUGGUGUGUAGUGAUGGGACGUCAACUGGUACCGCAUUCAGGGUUGGAAGUCGUUAUCUGAUGACAGCAUUUCAUGUGAUAAGAAAAACUUAUGAAAUGUACAUCGAUAAAAUCGUAGAAAACGCCCAGUCUGAUCCACAUCGCAGCAUUAAUUAUUCAAGGUUAUUGCAAAAACUGCAAGUAGGGGAAUCCGGGAGAGAUAUUGAAGAGAAAUUAAAAAAUGGAGUCCAUGAAUGGCUGGAAAAGACUAGUUAUCAAUUACUGCUCACCGACCUACUCAGUGUUUUGGGAGAGACAGGAUUUUCAUGUGCCAAAGAGAAGACCAUGAAAUUCAUCGAGGACAACCCUAUUUAUGUAUAUUUUGGUCGCACAAGAGAACAUUUUAAGUAUGAUCCGUAUCGUUUGAAAUAUGACAUUCCAUUCUACAGCAAACAUGAAGAAGAUGACGUUGCUUUAUUAGAAGUUAACUGGACAGAUUUACAAAAGCCAUUUAUUUUGGCCAUAUCUGGAAAGCGACCAGAAAAUGUUACCAUUAUUGGUCACCCAGCCUCCCAUGGCAAUGAACAGAUAAUUGACAGAAACUGUCCCUUGAUUUCGGAAUGUGAUGCCUUUCAAACUCACUGUAAAGCACUCUCAUGGUGGAAGAGGAACUAUCCUAAUUUUGACCAUAAAAAAGUUAAAAAUGAUUAUGAUUCUAUGUUCAGGAGGGGAAAAGUACUGUUCCACUGCUCAGAAUCCACAACUCAUGGUGCUUCGGGUGGCCCUGGGAUCAUUGAUUUAGACAUAACCUCGCCAAAAGUGUAUCUAAUGCUCCAAGAGGGAAUCCCGGGUUUCGUGCAUGAUACAUCUAUGAAAAAAAUAUUGAGGACUUGCCCUAAAGAAUGCCUUGUUGAGAGUGGGAUCAGCAUGUCCAGGGUUUAUGACCUUUUAAGCAGUAUACCACAAUUGAAAGUGUUGCGAGAUAACAUUUUUCACACUUAAAUA